GCAUGUGACAGUAAACACGCUUCGAUUGGCCAGCCAUGGCUGGCGGGUUAGGUUGCGCCCGGAGGGUGGCAGGCUUUCCUGACCGGCGAAGGGAUUGAAGCUUGGGGAUUGGGAAGCAGUCUUCAUUCUCUCCUUAGCUCCCCCCCACCCUCUUGAGUAUCAGCUGGUGUCCUCAAGGAUGGGAGAUUGAUGUAGUCAGCAGUCUGGAACGUACAGCAUUAGCGGGAUGGUCGGCCACCCAGGCUGUAAUGUCGUCCCUGACGACCUCCCAUGAGGGCGAGAGCUCCACUCCCAGGUUUUUUGUUGGUACCAGAGAUGAUGAGACAGACUUUCUGGGAUCAAACAUGAAGACAGACGAGAUCGAUUUCUUUGAGGACGAUGAGGAGUCAGAGUCGCCUCCAGAACGGCAGAUUGUGGUCGGAAUCUGUGCCAUGACCAAAAAGUCCAAGUCAAAGCCCAUGACCCAGAUCCUGGAACGUCUGUGCAAGUUUGAGUACAUCACAGUGGUGAUCAUGGGAGAAGAUGUCAUUCUGAACGAGCCAGUCGAGAACUGGCCUCCUUGCGACUGCCUCAUUUCCUUCCACUCUAAAGGAUUCCCUCUGGAUAAGGCAGUUGCUUACGCCAAGUUGUGCAAUCCGUUUCUGAUUAAUGACCUUGAUAUGCAGUAUUACAUCCAGGACAGGCGAGAAGUGUACCGGAUCCUGCAGGAAGAGGGCAUAGACUUGCCCCGCUAUGCUGUGCUUAAUCGAGAUCCUGACAAGCCGGAUGAGUGCAACCUAGUGGAGGGAGAGGACCAAGUGGAGGUGAAUGGAGCCGUUUUCCCAAAGCCGUUUGUAGAGAAGCCAGUCAGUGCGGAGGAUCACAAUGUUUAUAUUUACUACCCAACUUCGGCAGGUGGGGGCAGCCAGAGGCUCUUCCGGAAGAUCGGUAGCCGGAGCAGUGUUUACUCCCCUGAAAGCAGUGUACGGAAAACGGGCUCGUACAUUUACGAGGAGUUCAUGCCUACAGAUGGCACUGAUGUCAAGGUGUACACAGUUGGGCCGGAUUAUGCCCAUGCGGAAGCCCGGAAGUCCCCUGCUCUGGACGGGAAGGUUGAACGGGACAGUGAGGGGAAAGAAAUCCGCUAUCCGGUCAUGCUGACUGCCAUGGAGAAGUUAGUUGCCAGGAAAGUCUGUGUUGCCUUUAAGCAGACAGUGUGUGGGUUUGACCUUCUGCGGGCGAAUGGCCACUCCUUUGUCUGUGAUGUGAAUGGGUUCAGCUUUGUGAAGAACUCCAUGAAGUAUUAUGAUGACUGCGCCAAAAUUCUUGGGAAUAUAAUCAUGCGGGAAUUGGCUCCCCAGUUCCAGAUUCCCUGGUCCAUCCCAACGGAGGCAGAGGAUAUUCCCAUUGUCCCCACAACUUCAGGCACCAUGAUGGAGCUGCGCUGUGUUAUUGCAGUGAUACGGCAUGGAGACCGCACCCCCAAGCAGAAGAUGAAGAUGGAGGUUAAACACUCUAGGUUCUUCGAAUUAUUUGAGAAAUAUGAUGGCUACAAGACAGGGAAGCUGAAGCUGAAGAAACCAGAGCAGCUGCAGGAAGUGCUGGAUAUUGCGCGCCUGCUGGUGGUGGAGUUGGGAACUCACAAUGACUGUGAGAUCGAGGAGAGGAAGUCCAAACUGGAGCAGCUAAAAACUGUCCUGGAAAUGUACGGACAUUUCUCUGGCAUUAACCGCAAGGUGCAGCUAACCUACCUGCCUCGUGGACACCCAAAAGCUUCCAGUGAAGACGAAGAUGCCCGUAAGGAGCCCUCCCCAUCUCUGCUACUGGUGCUGAAAUGGGGUGGAGAGCUGACCCCAGCAGGAAGGGUCCAGGCAGAAGAGCUUGGUCGGGCCUUUCGCUGUAUGUACCCUGGAGGCCAAGGUGACUAUGCUGGCUUCCCAGGGUGUGGCCUGCUCAGACUGCAUAGCACCUACCGUCAUGACCUCAAGAUCUAUGCUUCAGAUGAGGGCAGGGUUCAGAUGACAGCAGCAGCUUUUGCAAAGGGUCUCCUGGCUCUGGAGGGAGAGCUAACCCCCAUCUUGGUGCAAAUGGUAAAAAGUGCCAAUAUGAAUGGGCUGUUGGACAGUGAUAGCGACUCCCUCAGCAGCUGCCAGCACAGAGUGAAGGCACGGCUGCAUGAAAUCAUGCAGAAGGAUGCCAAGUUCUGCGAGGAGGAUUACGAAAAGUUAGCACCUACAGGCAGCAUCUCGCUGGUCAACUCCAUGACUUUCAUUCAGAACCCAGUAGAGAUCUGUGACAAGGUGUUUGCCCUGAUCGAGAACCUCACUUCCCAGAUAUGCAAACGUCUGGAAGAUCCCAAAUCUGCAGACCUGCAGCUGUACCACAGUGAGACUUUGGAGCUGAUGCUGCAGCGCUGGAGCAAGUUGGAGAGGGAUUUCCGCAUGAAGAAUGGGCGCUAUGACAUCAGCAAGAUCCCUGAUAUCUAUGACUGCAUCAAAUAUGAUGUACAACACAAUUGCACUCUGAAGCUGGAGGGCACUGCUGAACUCUUCAAACUCUCCAAAGCCUUGGCAGAUGUGAUCAUACCCCAGGAAUAUGGGAUUAAUAAGGAGGAAAAGCUGGAGAUUGCUAUUGGCUUCUGUCUUCCUCUCAUCAAGAAGAUCCAGUUGGACCUGCAAAGAACCCAUGAGGAUGAGUCUGUCAACAAGCUGCACCCCUUGUACUCAAGAGGAGUCCUGUCCCCAGGCCGCCAUGUACGGACACGGUUAUACUUUACCAGCGAGAGCCACGUACAUUCCCUGCUCAGCAUCUUCCGCUAUGGGGGGCUCUUGGAUGAGUCCAAGGACCAGCAGUGGAAGAGAGCCAUGGACUAUUUGAGUGCUAUCUCAGAACUGAACUACAUGACCCAGAUUGUUAUCAUGCUGUACGAGGACAACAACAAGGACUCAUCUUCAGAGGAGCGUUUUCACGUGGAGCUUCAUUUCAGCCCAGGUGUGAAGGGAUGUGAGGAAGAUGGAAGUGCCCCUACAGGGUUUGGCUUUCGGCCUGCAUCAGCAGAAAAUGAUGAUAAGAAGCCAAACCAGGGCAGCAUGGAGGAUCUCUCCAAAGUGAAGAGCAUUGAUGGGACAGACCAAGCACAAGAAAGGUCAUCCCAGCCCUCUGAGCCAAUCUGCAUUCAGCGGAGAUCGCCCUUGAUCCGCAACCGGAAAACUGGGUCCAUGGAGGUGCUGUCCGAGUCCUCUUCCAAAACUGGAGGGUAUCGUCUCUUCUCCUCCUACUCCAGACAAUCUUCCGAAAUGAAGCAAAGUGGCCUAGGGUCGCAGUGUACAGGACUAUUUAGCACUACUGUGCUCGGAGGCUCCUCCAGUGCCCCAAACCUUCAGGACUACGCACGCAGCCACGGCAAAAAGUUCACCACCAGCCUGACAUACAAAGAUGAGCUCUUGUCUAUGCCAGCCGUAAAACGAUUUUCUGUGUCGUUUGCAAAGCAUCCGACUAAUGAUGUGCUUGAACACCACCGUGUUGCCCAGCUGCUGUGCCGUUUUUCCUCUGACUAUGCCAUGAGACGGAAUAUCUCCUUGGAUGCCACUCUGGCCCACCACCUACAUCAGUGUUCCUACCACCUGCGUCUCUUCAGGAGCUGGCUGAUCUCAGGCCAGGAUGACUUGGAGUGCCUCUACGGUUUUGAAGGCUGCUCCAUGGUUCCCACCAUUUACCCACUGGAGACCCUGCACAACUCCCUCUCUUUGCGACAGGUCAAUGAGUUCCUGACAUCUGUGUGCAGGAGUUACAGCAACUCGCACUCUCGAGCAUCCACAGCUCUGUUUGAUUCCAUGAUUGGAAGCCAGACACCCGGUGACCCCUUCAUGCCUCAGAGAAUCCUCUCAUCCUCAUCUCUGCCAUUGCGCCAGCGCUCUGACAAACCGCCAUGGUAGAUCAUGUACCUGAAACUCCACAUGCUUCAUAGAUGCCUCCUGUUUGGCCCAAUAUGUCAUACUCCUUUGGCUUUCAAACUUGGCCAUACUGGGCAGGAGAUCAUCCCAGAGGAGCAGCAACUGCUGAGUGAAGGAAGGACAUGGAGCGUCAGGAGGAACCCAUCAGCACCUCCAUGCUUUCGAUCAACCCCCCUCUCCCCCCAGCUGACACAAUGAUUCUAUUUGUCCCUGCUACUCUUGAUGACUUCAAGUUAUUUCAAUAAUUGUUUAAAAGAUUAUAGAAAUCCUUGAAAUUCCUCUUGAGAUGGUUCAGGAGAAGUCUUAUACAUUUUUUGAGAUUCUGUUACUGGCUCCUCAGAACUGUGAAACUUUGCCCGUGAAGAAGGGAAUUUUAAACCUUGCUAAGGAUUUAUAGGCUCCCCCAGCCACCCGCUCUGCUUCGUUGAAAUGCGUGGAUUGUAGAUAUCCGGUUCCAUCUGAGGAGUUGGAGUAUUCUGAUACUCAUCUUGUUAGUAGUCACUGCAGCCAAUGAACAAUCUAAGCAGUUUACAAAGUCUGCCCCAAAGGACAAAGAACCAACCUCUGAAAAAAAGAUUAGAUUUUUUUUUUUACCAAAAAAUAAAUAAAUAAUACUCCUCUGGUAGCCUGCAAGCAAAUCAUCAGGCUACAUUAUUUGCAGUGGGACAAGGAAGUGAAGGUUGUGGAUAACCUCUCCUUGAGUUCUCCUGGGAGUUUAAGUCCAUUUGCUCAGCAGGACAAUCAGUUGCCAACACAUCCCUGUAGGCAGCUUUAGAUGCAGGGGACACAAGGGUAUGAUAUAUAGCAACUGGUGGCAGGAAGAGGGCCUUGUCUAUAUCUGGUUUUACCUAAAGAGGUACAGACACCCUUUGAAGAUUUACUCUUUGAUGGACAAGACCCAGUUAAUUCAAAAACUGAUCAGGCUUUGUACUCAUUAAAAUGCUCCAGAUCCCCGCUUAGAUCACAGUGUAUCCAGAAAAUAAGGAACAUAUAAUUGCAGCCACCUGUGAAAGUGUGGUUUAAGUUACUUGCCAGCAUCACACAGGAACUCUGUGGCAGAGGCUGAGAUUGAAUUCAGUUCUCCAGCUUGGCAGGGCUGGAGUAGAGAGGUGGAUCUGUGAGCGGUCAGCAUCAAGAGGGUUAAAUGUCUGCUUGUGGAUGAGCUUGGCCUGAGAUAAAGCAUAGAGGGGGAAGACUAGAGGAGCAAGGACAGAGCCCAGUGGGACCCCCCACAAAGCACUGAUGAGGGCAUGAGUAGGACCCGCUGAAGGAGUAGAGAACCGGGAGAGGCCAAGAUUUCCGGAAGAAGUGUGCUUUGCAUCUAGGGACUAAUCUCCCUCAGGCACUGGGAGAGCUAGGAGAUCGUGAACUCUGCCUGGGAUAUAAAGCUGUAUCUUGUGGCCGUUUGAGUCACCCUCUCCAGAGCAGUUCUGUGCAUAUGUUGAAUAGAAUGGGGGAGAUGAUGGAGCCACAUACUCCUGUACUUGACCGUACACAACCUUCAUCCACGUCACAGAGGCCACAUACCACCACAAUAUUCCAGGUGUCCCCUGUCCAUUAGGAGAGCCGCCUCAUCUGCAAGGCUAAGCCAUAGCUCAUUGCAUGGGAGAGCUGCUGAGGUCCGUGUAUUAUGGUUCAUUGCCAAUAAUUAUGCAGCAUACACGUGCCUUUAGCGUGCUGUCCAUAGGCUGCACUCUGCUAGGAGGGUGCGUGAGGUGACAGGUGUGGGGGCAGAGUUAAGGUCAGUUGAGGCAUUUCCCCAUUGCACUUCUCUGGUGCCUCUGUUCAAGGAGACUAGCUCAAAGCACCUUACAACCGUGCAUUAAUAUUGCUUCAGAACACCUCUGUGAGACAGGGCGCUGUUAUGUCCAUUGGAUAGGUGGGAAGUGGAGGCCCAGAGAGAUGAAGUAAUUUUACCAAGGUGACAGAGGGAGGCAGAGCCAGAAGUGGAUGUUGACCUCCUGAGCUGCAAUUAGGUGUGAUAGACACAAGCCCAUUCUCUCACAUUGGUGGCUUUAUCUCAGCUUAGACGACCUGGCCUUUUUAAAAAUUCCAGCCUUCUUAUCUAUUACUUCUGACAUCAUUAUUGUUUUGCAAUUGUCACAGAGGUCUGCUCCACACACAGCUGUCCUGGUUUAACUACAGGCAUGAUUUUACAAAGACUUAAUUAAAUCCGUGCAAAUCUGUGGGUGGACACUCUUAAUCCUGUAUUUUAGUCAUUUAGCUUGCUCCUGUACCUUACAUUAUCCAUUACAGAGCAAGCUUAAACCACUAUAACCAGUUUUAAACUGAGAUAAAUGUGUCCACAUGGGUUUGCACUAGUUUAACUAAACCAGGGUAAUUAAACUGGUGCAAGUUUGUGUAUAGACAAGUCCUGUGGUUUUGUCUGGAAUUAGCAUAGCGACGGCUUGUGAUUAGCGACAUUAUCUUCUGCCUAAGCUGAACCUACAGUCCCUACGUUUCCUCGUCCAGUGCGGUGAAGCCAGAACGUCUGCCCAUAACUAGAUUGCUUGUGGUGCUGUUACACACACUCCAGCCACCGAGGGCUCUGAAGGCAAUUUUCAACUGGAUAUUUGAAUGAAGUCGGAAGUAAGAGGGAGGCAUGGGGGGCAGCUCCCCCAGUGAGUGUGCGGCACAACUUCUGCACCGCAGUUCUCCCUGGCGUGCUCGUAACCCUGACAGCUACAACCCAGACAUGCAAAGGGGGGGGCCGAGUGCAGCAUUUUAUCCAGGGCAGCACAAGCUUUGAGGAAGAACCUCUCACUUUGAGAAUGCAGUGCAGGGACAGCAACAUCAGGACCAGGGAAGCCAAGCACCUGUCCGCGAACACAUCUGAGAGCAGGGCUGGAUUUACACCUUACAUGCCCCUAGGUACAGCAUCUUCAGUGCCACCCCCUGCCUACAGCUGACCUUCAUGUUUGCUGUAAAAAAAUGAAACUUUUAACCCAUUUUUAACUUUUAGGUGCCUCUAGAACGCCGGCGCCCCUUAGCAUGUGCCAAACUGGAAAUCCGUCCCUGUCUGAGCAAGCUGUUUGCCCUUUCCAUGUGGGUGAUUGUGUUUCCUAGAGCAGAGAUACUGCCUCCUAGUGACCAUGGCAUCUGGCAGCACGGGGGAUACGGUGGGUCACAGCCCCUCUGCCAGUCUGUGUCACUGUGCUACAGCGCCACAAGGAGGCAGUGGGAUCAUUAGCAUGACAAGCACACAGCUCCUGGCUAAGAGCUGUCAUUGUUCACCAGGGGCUCAGGGUGCUGCUGCCCACAGCCAGCUGCCCCGUGACAGAGCACGCUCUAUGGGGGGAGACAGAACAGUGUCAGCUUUCAGCAGAGCCUUUGUUUAAGUCAAAAGGAAAAACAACCUAGCAGAGCAGCCGGCACGUCCUAGGAGAUGCAGGCGGACUCUGAUGAAUUCAUUACAUCAGUCAGGCCUCACUGAGGCCCCAGUGGAAAUGGAGGGAAUGUUGAGGCAGGGGAUAGACCCCAGCCGCUGUCAGGUCUGCUACUGGCAGGCCUGCCUUGGACAGUGACCAUCUGGGCAUACAGUUCAUACAGCAGUGGCCUAACUUGCAGGAGAACACCAAUAUCUGACUGCCUGGGCUGUGCUCCAAAUAGGGGCAGUGGGAGCUGAGACCCACCCCUGCCUGUAAUCAGCACUUCUGACAAUUAGGCAGACUCUUCUCUGACCCUUUCUCCCAGAUCGACCCUUUCAGAAGCUACUGCCCCAAGCAAAAUAUCCAGCUGACUGGUGAGGGUAGUCAGGGCCUCUUCCUAUCAAGCAGCUUUUGGACCCAUAGGACCCACCGUGGCUGUCUGCACUGAGGCAGAAUUAGAACCAGACUGUAACUGAGUUUGUAACUGAUGCAGAGGACCUGCAUCUGUUGGUUUGCUCAUGCUUAUUGUUCUUCACAGAUAUAAAAGCAAGUGGAUCCAAGGAGAUCUGUAAUUCUUAGAGAACCUGAGUGCUCUACUCAUAUGCAAUGAUCCUCUCUUGUGGUGGAUGAAAUAGCUUCUGCAGCUAGGUUCAGACCAGAAGAGCAUCUCAGUACCCUCAAAAAGAAAAGGAGUACUUGUGGCACCUUAGAGACUAACAAAUUUAUUUGAGCAUAAGCUUUCAUGGGCUACAGCCCACUUCAUCGGCUGCAUCCAGUGUUGUGAGCUGUAGCUCACAAAAGCUUAUGCUCAAAUAAAUUUGUUAGGCUCUAAGGUGCCACAAGUACUCCUUUUCUUUUUGCGGAUACAGACUAACAUGGCUGCUACUCUGCAACCUCUUGGUACCCUGUGACUAAUCCUUCUAUGAUGGAUCAGAGAACUCCUCGGUAGGGAACAAACCCAGGGCCACCCUCUGGCACCACAUUUUUGGUCAUACUGAUGUCAGGGUAAGAAAUCCUGCACCUUGACUUUUUCCCCCAUUUGCAAUUGCAGAGGGAACCAAAGGAUCUGGAAAAAUGCUUUAAAGAAUGCCAGCUUGCCAACUCUUCUAGCCCUGAACCCGCCAGAGGGGAGGAAUGGGGUUGGGAGGAACAGGGAAAACUGACGGGCAGUUGGGGAGAGGUUUUUAUUGCUGGAAUUGUAGGGUGGUUGAAGAGCGGGGCUUUUGUAAAGCCCCCAGUGGCAACUGAUGGGGUCUGUUGCUGCAGCACAGCUGUUACGAAGGGGAGUAACAAUUUUUUGGUAUGACAGAUGUGCAGAACCAGAGGCCAGUCUGACAAAGGCAAACAAGACUCCUGGGAAAGGACAUGGCUAGCUGCAAUUCAAUAUGAGUCUAUAGGUCCUGCCCUCACCUAGCAAAGCCACAAUCAUAUUUUGAACUAAUAGACUCUAUGCGAGAGGUGAAAAUGUCAUUGUUCAAGGAACAAAGCCGCCACAUCAGAGCUAGCAGGUAGCCAAAGUCACCAAGGCCCAGAGCCUUAAAGAUUAAUUAGGCCUCUAUCUUCCCUUGCUUUCAGUGGCUGUGAGACACACACAGACUUUUUGAGGGUCUGGGCCUAAAUCCCUGUAGUUCCUGGUUGAGACACAACAUAUUUGGGCUGGAGCCAGUCACGUUAAUGGAUGGGUGCUAAGAGAGCCCGUCAGCUACAGGUGGGACCUCAAAGUGUGUCAGGUGUCAGUUUUCUGCUACAUAAAUUUUGAAAUUAAAAAUGGAAUUAAAUUAGCCAGAAAGGUGUUAUGGGGAAGGGUAGCUAGUGACUGUGAAUGGGGGACUGGUUAUGUUAAUGCCUUUAUUAAGCCUGUGCACAUGCACAGUGUCAGCUAGCUGUUUCCAGAAGCCGGAGCAGACUCAGACCAGGGUUCUCAUGCAGUUAACUUAAAUGCUGUGGCUUCUCUCUGGCCAGACAGGACUCCCAAGUUCUAACUGACAGUUACCUUGGGCCUCCUUUGGGGGGUGAGGGGGUGCUCCUCCUUGGCCUUCCAUGAGCUGCUAUUUCUCGAUCACCCCAUAGUUCUUCUUUGAGCACUGGUCCCUCUGUGUAUUCCACAUGUGGGCACACAUGAAGUUGGAAAUCUUUCCCUGACUAGGCCACCCUGUGCUGUAAAUAACCCUAGGGAACAAGAAGAAACCUGAGGAGGAGGUCAAGACUCAGGAGAAAGAGGACGAUUUCUCCAAAAGCCACAAAAGCUCUCUCAACCCUUUCUAGCCAUCUACGCAUAAGGAUCUGCUGCAGUACCCUCUCCUGAUGACUUAAGUCCUGUCAGGUGUUGCUGGGAAGGACAGUGGACACUCUAGACAUGGAAUUACCUGAAGUGCAGGAGAAGCAGAUACAGUAUUUGAUAUUCUUCAUUCUGA